CGUAGCUUCCGUGGUUGAGUUGAGGAGUGACCGACCGGCUGCUGGUAUUUUUCGGAGAGACUUGCCCAAAUUAAAUUGGGUUUACUUGCCCAUGCUAACAUGGAGCUAUUCAAAAGUGGUCUGAAAACAGUGCUUGGGCACUCAGAGCCAAGUCCUGAAGUGUCGGGAGCUGAGACUGUGGAGCGCCUGGUGGAGCGGCUCCGCUCGGCCACCCUCCUCGAGGAUCGCCGGGAUGCCUGUCGGGGCCUCAAGGCCAUGUCCAAGAAGUUCCGGGUGGAGGUCGGAGCACAGGGCAUGGGCGACCUUACUGACGUUCUGGUGAACGACAGCGCCGACUCCGAGAUCACCAGCUACGCCCUGGACUCGCUGUGCAACAUCACAUGCAGAGAACCGUUCGACGAGGAGGAAGACAUCGCGCACCCGGAGAUCGGGGACCAGUUCACGGAAAUCUUCAUCAAAGCGCCGGAGAACGUGAACCUGGUGGUCGGCCUGCUGGCGGAGUACGACUUCAAGAUCCGCUACCCGGCCGUCAAGCUCAUCACCAACCUGCUGACCAACAGGGCCCGCGAGCUGCAGGACCUCAUUCUCGUGUCUCCGAUGGCCGUGUCCAAGAUGAUGGACCUGCUCAACGAUCCCCGCGAAGUCGUCAGGAACGACGCGCUCAUCAUGCUGGCCCAGCUGACAAAAGGUAACGCGAACAUCCAGAAGAUCGUGGCGUUCGAGGGCGCGUUCGACCGGCUGUACGACGUCAUCGUGGAGGAGGGCACGGCGGAGGGCGGCAUCGUGGUGGAGGACUGCCUGCUGCUCAUGCUGAACCUGCUGCGGAACAACGCCUCCAAUCAGAGCUUCUUCAGGGAAGGCAGCUACAUCCAGAAGCUGACGCCGUUCUUCAACCUGAACUCGGAGGAGCCGGACGCCGGCUGGUCGGCCCAGAAGGUCAGCAACGUCCACUACAUGCUACAGGUGGUGCGCACGUUGGUCUCCCCCAGCAACCCCAAGCAGGACACGUCGGCCGCCCAGCGCGUCAUGCACGCGUGUGGCCUGCUGUCGCUGCUCUGCCAGGUUCUGAUGGCCAGCGGCGUGCCGGCGGACAUCCUGACCGAGACGAUCAACGCCGUCUCGGAGGUGAUUCGGGGCUCGGAUGUGAACCAGCAGUUCUUCGCGCAGGUCAUGGCGCCCUCAGAGCCGCCCCGACCGGCGAUCGUGGUCCUGCUGAUGUCCAUGGUCAACGAGAAGCAGCCGUUUGUGCUGCGCUGCGCCGUGCUCUACUGCUUCCAGUGCUACCUCUACCGGAAUCAGCACGGCCAGGCGGCCGUGGUGCAGACGCUGCUGCCGAGCCAGACGGCGGGCUCCUCCGGCAUCACGGCGGGCCAGCUGCUGUGCGGCGGCCUCUUCUCCAACGACCCGCUCUCCAACUGGUUUUCGGCGGUGGCUCUGUCGCACGCGCUGGUCAGCAGUCCGGAGCAGCGCGCCCAGCUGCUGCGCGUGCAGCUGGCGACCAGCGUGGGCAACCCGCCCGUCAGCCUGCUCCAGCAGAGUGUCACCAUACUGCAGCAGACGGCUCGGCUGCAGACCAGGGUCGGCCUGCUGAUGCUGCUGGGCACGUGGCUGGCGCACUGCACGCCGGCCGCCAACCAGCUGCUGCACAUCCCCAGCACGGUGCCCUACCUCAUGUCACAGCUGACGAGUAACGAGAGCGACGAGCUGGAGCAGCUGUGUCAGGGCGUGUGCGCCUUCAUCAUGGGCCUCUGCGUCAUCUCCACCGACAGCUCCGUCCCCAACUACACCAAGGAGGACCUGACGCAGCUGAUCGAGCGGCGCGUCGGCGUGGAGACGUUCCUCAACAAGCUGAGCCUGGUGAUGAAGCACGAGCUGUACAGCCGCAGCCUGAAGCACCCGCAGCUGAGCGCCCGUGAGCCCCGUCACCUGGUGUUCGAGCACGAGUUCUGCAAGCUCUUCAAGGCCCUGGAGGGCGCUGUGAUCAAGGCGGUGACGAUGGAGGACGAGGAGGGCGGCAGUCAGUCGCCGUCGCCCGAGGAAGAAAACGACUCCCAGAUGGUGCAGCGCUACAAACAGCUGAUCCGGCAACAGGACGAGGAGCUGGCCAGUCUGCGCGCCUCGCGGUCCGUGCUGGAGGCGCAGACGGAGGCGCAGCUCCUCCAGAUCAGCGAACUCAGCUCCAGCGUGGCGCAGCUGCGUGACCAGACCACCUUGCUGCGCGCCCAGAUCAACACCGAUCCGAACCGACCGGUGGCAGCGGGCGACGCUAGCGCUUCAGCCUACCAGCAACAGAUGGCGUUGAUGUCGGAGCAGCACAACCAACAGAUGGCAGCACUCAACGCCGACUGGGAAAGGCGCAUGCAGGAACUCACCAGCGAAAACUCCCGACUCCAGGAGAUAUUGGAGUCACAGGAGCAGGAGCAGCAACAUCAGCAGCAAGCAAUGACCAACAUGGCGCCCCCCGCAUCGCCGGCUGCUGACCCUGCCGAGGUCACGACCUUGCGGUCUCAGGUCAGCGACCUCCAGCGACAGCUCGCGACGGUGCAGCUGGGCGGCGCAGACGCCGAGCUCGCGACCCUGCGACACCAGGUCAGCGACCUGCAGCGAGCUGAGCUGCGCGCGCGGGACGCCGAGCUGGAGGAGCUGCGGCGCGAGCAGGAGGACCUGCUGGUGCUGCUCACCGACCAGGAGGCGCGGCAGGAGGAGUACAAGCGGCGGCUGCGGCAGCUGGGUGUGCAGGUUGAAGACGACGACGACUAGCUGACGCUCCCGGCGCUUCGCCUCAGGACAGAGCAGAUAUGGGCCUACCACUGUGCAAUGCCCGCCGGGCCCGGGCGUGGCACUCCCAGCGUACACUGCAGCGCCGUGGCGCGCCCAGUGUACGUCGGCUUCCACACGGGGCCUUCCCGCGCGUGUCUGGUGUCUAAGGACGGUGUGGCAGCAGGGAGCUGGUGGUCGCCGUGAUCGGGGCGUGGCUCGCGGGCGCCGGGCGGGGCGCAUUCUGGGGACCACGCCCGGGGCGGUGAAGACCGUGGUGAUCGUGGACGUCAGCUGUGCUGUCGCAGGAUUGAUGGCACCGACGUGGCUGAAGCGGCGGCCGAGGCUGAAGAUGAGUUAAUGGAGCUGGCUGGGGCAAGCGUGAAGGAGCCGGUCUGAUGGUGCCGAAAAGCGAUGUGUGCCUGAUGUGACGUGAUCUGGCCAUGUGUUGCGCUGGUGUAAUGUGGAAUGUGGUGUAAUCCGCAGUGAUGGGAGUAUAGAGGACCGAUCGGUACGAACAAUUGCUUCGGUUGUGAUUGCCCCGGCCGGUGACAUGGUGCGCUGCUGUCUCUGGUGGCGGCCGGAGUGCGGCAGGCGCUCCGACCCAUUAGCAGAGCCGAGGAGGGGGGGGGGGGGGGGGACUAGGUCCUGCCUUUCUUGAUCGUAACCGCCAGUCAUCAUUGAUUUUCGACGGGCCGGUCCGUCGCGGCUUUGGCAGAAUGUGGCGGUCGCGCAUGCGCAUAGCGGUCCGUUUGGUUGACAACCAGGCAUAUCUUGAAAAGCCGGGUACAUGAAGUCCGGGCACACUGGCGUGUCACCAUUUCUGUGACCUCUAGGUCACCGGGUCAGCGUGCCGCUCGGUCUGUUUUGCCGAGGGUUGGGGGCUUGCCUGUUGUGACGCCCAGUGCAACCGUCGCGGAGCUGUUCGUCGUCUGGGCGCAGUAGCUGUACAUAACACGCGCUCGUGUUUGCGGGACCUAAGCUUCUGAGGGAGGACGUGCAUUCCGUCACUAUUUUUAUACGCUGGUGUGCGGUGAUUUUGGACGAGGGUGCAAUGCCGGGCCGUUAUUGGAAUAUUCCAGAACUGAAUCGCUUAUCAAACUGUCGUGAUGGGUGUUGAAAUACAUGCGUUGUCAAUGUCACCUUUGCGCAAGUCUGACG